AUGGCGGCGAAAGUGAAUGGCCAUGAAGCAGCACAGCCUGCCACCACAGGCGAUGCUCCCGUUUUAGGCAAUGGGGAGGAGAGCAUCUUGGCCUACGAGGUGACCAACCACGUCAAAAAAGCCAGAUCCCUCGCCAGCUCUGAUGAUGCCACACUAUUGACGAGCGGUUCGACAAAGCCAGUCCCAUACCCCAAAGCUCGGUUCGAUCUCAUCAACCGGUUCGUGGACGAGCCUCGAAAACUACGCGUCGUCAUUGUCGGUGGAGGUCUCGCAGGAAUUCUGAGCGGCUGUCUGCUACCCGCCAAGGUACCGGGCAUUGAGCUUGUUAUCUACGAGAAGAAUCCGGAUUUUGGCGGGACGUGGUUUGAGAACAUAUAUCCAGGCGUACGCUGUGAUAUUCCGUCACACGUCUACCAGUCUACAUUCUCUCCGAAAACUGACUGGAGCGAUGAAUUUGCGCCUGGAGCCGAAAUUCGCGACUAUUGGCAGUCCGUGGCCAAGAAGUAUAAUGUCUACCAGUACGCCAAAUUCCAGCACCGGGUCGACGAGGCCAGCUGGGACGGCGAAAACUGGCGCCUGGCAGUCACCAACCUUGAGACUGGAGAGGUCGUUCACGACAAGGCAGAUUUCGUGCUCACGUGUAUUGGGCGAUUCAACGCCUGGAAACUGCCGAGUUAUCCCGGCAUGUCGGAGUACAAGGGGAUCUUGCGCCACGCUUCUCACUGGAAUGCCGACUUUGAUCCCAGUGGGAAGAAAGUAGCAGUCAUUGGCAACGGUGCCAGUGGCAUUCAGCUCGUGUCUAAUUUGCAGCGCAGCGUGGCAAGGCUGGAUCAUUAUGCCAGGAACAAGACCUGGAUCGCAGCCUCCUGGGCGGGGGACGAAAGGACGCUCGGUCCUCAACCCAUUCCAGAGGAGCAGAAGGACUCUUUCAAGGACCCAGAAACCUAUCUGGCCUUCAGAAAAGGCAUGGAGGACAAGUACUGGAGGAAAUUCAACACUUUCCUGAAGGGCGAGGCCAACGACAAAAUUCGACAGUUCUUUGCCGACACCAUGAAGGCACGCCUGUCCAAAAAGCCAGAGCUUCUGGAUGACCUGGUGCCAGACUUCUCCCCAAACUGUCGCCGCCUGACACCUGGUCCUGGAUAUCUGGAGGCGCUGCAGGAAGACAAUGUCGACUUCAUCCGCCAAGGAAUCAAGCGGUUCACCCAGACGGGCAUCGAGACUGUGGACGGGACGCAUCGGGAGGUUGAUGCGAUAUUUUGUGCGACUGGCGCCAAUGGCGACAUGAUCCCGCCUUUCCCUAUACGUGCGCUUGGCAAAGAGCUGUCCAACGUCUGGGCCCAAGACGGAGAAUACGGUUUCCCCUACACAUACCUCGGAGCAGCCACCCCGGGCUUUCCCAACCUGCUCUUCGUCCAUGGCCCUCACGGAACAGGUCCCAGCGGUACGGUGCCGCAUAGCGUCGAGGCACAACUGACCCACUAUGCCAAGGUCCUCCGCAAGGUCUCCCGCGAGGGCAUCAAGUCCAUGACCCCCAAGAAAGCUGCCGCGGACGACUUUGUCGAGUACUGCGAUGCUUUCUUUUCCACAACCGUCCUGACCAACUGCUCUAGCUGGUAUAAUGGGUCCGUUCCUGGGGGCAGAAUUCAUGGCAUAUGGCCUGGCAGUGCGCUACACUGCGCGAUAGUGAGACGGGAGCCCAGAUGGGAGGACUGGGACUACGAGCAUUUAGACGUUGCCAAGGGAAACAGGUUUGCCUUUUACUUUGGUAAUGGUGGCACGAAGAAGGAACAAGAUGAAAAGUCGGACAUGACGAGCUAUCUCGACUUACCAGAGCGGAUCGACCUGCGAGACGUUCAUGAAUCGUGGUGGCUUGUGCCAUAG